AUGGUUUCUUCGACUGAAAUGUCGGCUAUAGAAAAGGCGAAGAAACAGGCUGCGUUCACUUGUGCGGAAAAGAAUAUAGCGAGCGGCUGCCGACUAGGUGUCGGUUCCGGUUCAACUGUCAAAUUCUUGGUUGAAUAUUUGGAAAAUGCCGUGAAAACGAGAAAGUUGCAGAACAUUGUUUGUGUACCAACAAGCUUUAUGACAAAAAGGUGGCUGAUAGAUGCCGGUUUGACUGUAUCAGAUCUGGAUUGUACGCCUGAAUUAGACGUUUGUAUCGAUGGAGCUGAUGAGGUAGACGCCAGCUUCACGUGUAUCAAAGGAGGCGGUGGCUGUCUUGCCAGAGAAAAAAUCGUCCAGCAUGCUGCUGACAAAUUUUUUGUCAUCGCAGACAGCUCGAAGGAGUCAGUAAAACUCGGAGAUCACUACAACCAUAUACCUCUUGAAGUCCUACCAUUUGCUGCUACAGCUGUACUGCGCUCAUUGCCACGAACAGAAGGUGGUACGGCACAGUUGAGAAUGGCACUGAAUAAGUGUGGACCCGUGUUAACAGACAACAACAAUUACAUCAUUGACUGGGCUUUCGAAAAGAAUAAGCCUCACGAUUGGAAGGAAACACAGCUUAGACUUGCUAACACACCAGGAAUAGUGGAAACAGGUCUUUUUAUCGAUGUAGUUGACAAGGUGUACUUUGCCUAUCCCGACGGAAGCGUAAAGGAGCUCGACGCUAAAAGGAAACAUUAG